ACCCCUAACCAGAGGGAAGACUGAAGAGCCGAUUUUUGUGUUGGAGUAAGAAGUCUCUUAUUUUUUCUCUAAUACUCAACCGGUAACAUGAAGCCAGAGCAAGGCCCUGUAACUCAUGUAGAGGAUAAUGAUGAACAAGCUACAACAGCCAAAAAGAAGAACAAGAAAAGAAAGAGAGACAAACCACCCAGCUUAACAACAGUGGCUCAGGCGGCUGGCAGGGUCACCGCGAAAGUUGAGCUCAUUCCUGACCAACCCAACAAAACCCCACCUCUGGUGGGCUAUUUCCCAUCUGGGUUCAACCCUCAAGGCGGGGACCAAGGAGAAGGGGAAACGACAACGAGGGUUAGAGUGUAUAGAAACAUGAAUGAGAGGAAGCACAAGACGGGGAGGUUGGAGUUGGUGGUGAGUCCGACUGAGUCAAGUGUGGAGUUUGUGGGGACUAGCUAUGCUGGUGAAGCUAUGGCGCCGCAGUUUUGUCAAUAUGCUCUUGGGGUUCUUGAUAAAGAUAGCCAGACUUUGAAGAUUGUGCCUAUUGCUUCUAAUAAGAUAUUUAGAUUGGAACCAAGAGUUGGAAGCUCGGACAUUGCUGACAAGGAAGAGGCAAAUGUAGAGGUUACUAAAGGACAACAAGCGGAUAUGAAGGCAAUGCUUGAUACUCGUUAUGGAACGAAGAAGUCUUUAAGAAGGUCCAAAAAAAUGAAUGAUCUGCUCAAGGAAAAUGAUCUGGAAUCUCAGAAGGAUCUUGAGAAGAAAAUUAAGUCAGUCAAGAUUAAUAAGGGGGCUCUUGAAAGUGCUACUGUUGAUACCAUUCUUAAUAUCCCACCAUAUGACUCCUCUGCCACUAUACCUGAGCUGGCUUAUCCUCUAGAUAAGAUUAUCCUCAAAGGAGAGUGGGAUUUCCUACAAGAUAUUUAUGAGCUUUUGCAAGUAGGGAAAGAGGUGAAUAGCAGUGCUUAUCCAUCAUUUGUUUGCAACAGAAUACAGAAAUUGCGAGAAUUGAAGGAUGACACAGAUAAGAAGGUACUUGCAUGCAUUUUCUCAUACAUCACUCAUCUGGUGAAGUUCAAGGAUCAAAAUUCCAUGGAUGCUGCAGCCUCAGCUAAGAACCAUAAAAUUCCUAGCAUUUUACGCCAGAAGUUUCUAACAAGCUUUUCUCAUCCAGAAUCAAAGAGAUUGUCUGAAGACAAAAUCCAUCUUCUCAUUAGUUAUGCCCUAGUGCUCACUCUCCAUGCUGAUAACUUCCAAACUAACCUUGUGGAUAUAGCCAAGGACCUCAGAAUGAGUGAAGUCAAUUUGAGACAUCAUUAUGAGAAGUUGGGUUGCAAGCUCAAGCGAGAGAAGAACGAAUUGUUAGUCACUCUUCCCGUCCCUCUCCAAUUCCCCAAGCUGAAGCAAAGGCGGAGGCGGUAGAUAGAAAAAUGUUCACUUUUUGUUUCAUAAAACUUGUUUUAUGGCAAGUGAGAUGAUUUGGGAUUGUUAUGUGUCUCCAAAAGUAGAAUAUUGAUGUUGUUUUAAUGCCCAAAAGGGAAAUGUUAAUAUCCCUUUUAAGUUUUGAA